CUCACGCCAGUCUCGCUGUGCGAGCGAGCGGCUUUGGAGGAUUCAACAACGUGAAGAUGAGGAGAAAAGUCGUCGCUGGGGACAAUUGAGUCUCCCCUGUCUCCAAAUUGGAGAAGAGCAAGGAGAGUGCCGUGACAUACUGGAAUAAGGGAAUAAGUGUGAGGCAAGUGUCGUGGUUGUGUCGUACGUCGAGAAGUGAACUGCCGGGGCGUCAUCGUUAUAACACUGAACGUAAAGUGUUCUUGGCUCUCGUCAUUACCGUUGCCGUCGUUGUCGUCGUCGUCGUGGUCGUCGUCAACGCCACUGUCGUCCGUGCGUCACUGCUCUCAUCGGGUGAGCAUUGGAAACGAUCCGUUCGAGCGACUCCGCGAAGCCUCGACUUUCCUCCCGCGCGGUCCCGUCCUCGUUUCCUUACUCUCGCCACUGUGUCCCGCUCUGUCUCGCGCGCACUCUACCCCCUUGUUUUCGGGCCGCGCAAGGUGUAAACAGUCACCCCGACAUCGCUGAUCGAUCGAGAAUCAGCGCGACGAAGAGAAAAAGAUAGAUAGAGAGGAAACUGCCGACACACUUCACUCGCGCAACGCCGAGUGCAAACUACGAUAGAUAAAUAGUUGGUAAGAGAGAGAGAGAGAGAGAGAGAGAGAGAGAGAGAGAGAGAGAACGAGAGAACUGAAGUGGGAGUGAAAGAGCUCCGCAGACGACGGCGGGAGAAGAGAGACAGUAGGAGAAAGUGGCAGUGGCCCGUCGGCGCGGCCGAUAAAGUGAGGUUAGGUUGUAGGUGUGCUGCGUGUGGGGUACGUUACCCGAUCAAAAUACCUACAACCCGUUAUCGGCGUUUGCUUGCACCGCGUCCAGGUGACUCGAAAGUAUUGUGCGCGAUGUGUCGCGACCUGGCCGACGUCUAGCCCACGAACGGGUGACUGUCCCGAUGAACCAAAUCGUCGAGCAGCAGCGGCAGCAACAGCAGUAUCGGCGGCAAUUUCUUUAACCCGCGAAAAAUGCCGUUGGCCAACGGCGGCUUUUCUCCGACGAUCCCCUGAUUUUUGACCCUUGAUCCCAGCGUAACCUUGUGGGCGCCCGUAUUGGGUCGCAGCGUUACUCAGUGAUAUCCCUCGACGCGCCCAAUCGAACGGACAAAGAUAGACGCCCGUCGGCGAUGACGAGGUAAGAGUCGCUGAGGCACGGUUGCAGACGCAGCUGCAGCGCCCGUUCCUGUCGUCGAUCGCAAUGAAAAUGGCCCCAGGACCGGAUCAGCAACAGCAGGAGCCCGCGGCGAGUGACAAGAGCACCGGCGGGGGCACCAACGUCGCCGCCACGACAUCCCCGGCCUCCUCGACCUCCGCUUCCUACGAUUCUCAGCCGAUAACGGCUCCCCCGACCUCGCUCGCGUCCGGUGCGACAGCACUUGUCUUCCCUUUGCCCGAGGCUGGCCAAGGCAGCAGUGGCGGCGGCGGCGGCGGCGGCGCCGGCGGCAGUGGUCAGGAAGCCGCCCUGCCUAUACUCAAUAACGCAGCCCUCGUCGAUAGCAAGCAGGAAGAGCCUGCAACCCUGUCAACUUUAAACGAAGGAGAGCUUCGAGCAUUAUUGGAUGAAGCCAUUACAUACAAAUGUCCCAAAGAUCGUGAAGGAAAGUCCAAUCUUUUUAAGGAACUACUUCAAGAAGCGGAAGCCGACGAAAGCGAGGAGGGCCGGUGGACAGUGACAAGCGGCAGCAGUGGUGGCGGCUCAUCGCGCUGCCUCCCGGGCACAAAUCGCAGCCGUCGCCACAAGCGUGACUCCGUCUCGGAGCACCUGACCCACGGGGGCUCGCUGCAGAACUUGGCGCGCGAGCCCGGGCCCAACUCCGAAUUCGACAGCGGCUUCGCUUACCUGGUCUCCGGCUCGAGUCAGACAUACGCGGGCGGCCCCAGGCGCAGCAAGCAGAAGCGCCACCCGGGCCCGAGCGUCUCCGCGAGGCAGAGGGAAGGCGGCUCCCUGCCCUCCAACGUCAAUGCCACGCACACCCUUGCAUCCCUUGCCAAUUUCGACCUAGUGUUCGAGAAGAAGAAGGGUUUAUCUGAAGAAAAAUCUGUAUACGAUUGGACUAAUAAAGAAAAAUCCAAAUCUUUGGAUAAGCCUUCUUACGAUCGAUAUUCUAAGAAAGAAGAAAAAGAAAAGGAGAGAAAGGAAAGUAAAUUAAGUGGCUCGUGUGACAUUGAAAGUGAAUUGCGAGACAAACGAAGCAGUAACAGGGGAAAACUUGGAACAAAUGAGAUGCUCGAGUCAGACAACCCACCUCCAGAGUAUAAUAAACAAGAUUGUAUGGUGAUCGGUUUGGAAGAUUUUGAGGCAAGUGUCGUAAGCGAGCGAAAUGCUUCAGCCGCGCUCGGAGGUGUUCAGAGGCCUCGCUCGCUGGACGCAGAGGAUGACGAAGGAACUGAAAUGAAAAUUAUCGAUCACCGCCGGCCGGUACAAUUCAUAACCCGUGCAACCUUCGACAUAACUCAAACCCCCGUCGAUUCGACCAUCGAAUUCCCAACCUUUCGUGAGCACACCACUAAACUGGAGAAGUCAAAGAUCAAUGUAAAUGGAACGGAAGGGACGAGCUCGCUUCCCUUCCCACAAUACAAUAACGUAAAAUGUGUCAUGAGUGGACCCCCCAAUGUUUACUCGGUAAUGUCCUGGCCGUCACCUAACAUAUCUAUGGUUUCUAGGCUAACAGCACAGCAUAUUCCGGGAAAAGAAUCUUCCUUAUCUGGAGAGAAAAAGUCACUUGAUGAAAACGGUAACGCUGUUCAAGUCUACAACGGAGAGAAAAAAAAGCCUCGUCGAAAGAAUGCCCAAGAACCAAACGUCAUAGUAUAUCAAUCUGAGAAUGUAAAGGGUCACAGAAACGAAGAUAUUGAUAUUUUAAUAAGUUUCAUUGAAAACAAAGAGUGUAAAAGCAAAAAGGGAAAAGCCAGUAACUCGAUUAAAGUAAAAGCUGCAUCAAAUACAAAGUCACGAUCUCGAGACAAUAAAGACAUUAAAAGGGAACAGAUACCUGCAAAAUUACAAAAGUCAAACUCUUUAGAAGAAAUUUCAAAGACCAAACUUAAGGAUCUUACUACGGAAAAAAGCACAACUUCAAGUGGAUCAAGCAGCGUUUCCAGUCAGCAUGGUUCCAUUAAUGUAGCUUUACGUCGUACAAAACAGCGAAGUACUGGUGAUACAACAGUGGUAGAUUCACGAGGCGAUCGUAGAUCUUGGGGCACCGAAGAAGGACAGUCUAUUUAUUGCAAUGAUACAGGCGAUGAUUACAGUAGUCGCCGAAAUUCCGUGAAAAAGAAUAACGUAGAUUACGAAGCGGAAACAGAGUUUCAUGUUGUAACAAACAAGAAAAAGAAAGCUAAAAAGCAGCGUAGAAGUUCUAGUGGUGGAAGAGCACAGAAUCUUACGGGUUCUGGAUCAUAUUUACAACGUGGUAGAGGCUUCAAUAACGAUUAUAGGACGCCUUUGUCUCCAGAACUCAGACGGAAAUCUGCCAGCAGUAUGCCUCCAAGUGACAAAUCAGAUAGCAGUGACCUAGACUCUGUUCAUUCGCUUCCUGUAACGUCAAAUUCGUCGAAACACAAUUCAUCAAAGACAGUUACAUCAUCAUCAAGUGCACCUCAAGCAAGUUACGCUGAUAUCGCGCGCAUGGCAACGCUUAAUAUGCCAGCGACGCCUGUUUUAAACAUAUCGAAUUUAAUGCCGAAUGUGAUCAAUACAGCAGCGUGGCCUACCGUCGCUUCCUCAAAGAAUAAUACAGAAAUAGAGAAGCUUCCAAACGACUAUUACCCAAGCCUCGAUGAGCUACAGCACUCCGACAGAAAAUUGCGGCAGCAGAGCUUUGCCCAACAAGGCCCAAUGAGCGUUAGUCUUGAUAAGCCACCUUCGCCAACAAUGCCCAAAUCCAAGCUGCCAACCGAAGGCAGCAAAAAGACGCAAGAGGCGCAGGAGGAAGCCAUGAGCAAAGUAGUCAAGUAUGUACAAGACAUUGAGAAGAUGCAACAGGAAAACAAACAGUCGAUUAAUAAUUCUAGUCUAAAUUCAAACGAAACAACACCAACCAAUCCACUGCCUCCGAAGUUACCCGAGUCGUCCUCUAAUUUUUCUUCUCCGCCUGAAAUGGAGAACAGUAGUAAUAGCGAGAGUACCAAGGAUUUAAAUGCAAAUGUAAAAAGUACAAGAAUACGUAAAAAUCAUCCGCAAAACUCUGGCUCGGGUAAUAGAGAGUAUUCUACUACUCAAAGUCAAUCGCAGAUCGACGAGUCUCGCGAUUCAAAGAAAUUUCAAAGCUCGUUGCCAGACGAAAUGAAAGUCGCCAAUCCAAUUCAAUCGCAGCAAGAUGAUAAGGAUGUGAAGAAGAUGGCAAGUGCACAUAAUGUGACGGCAGGACCGUCAGAAAUUAUUGAUUCUGCCAAGACAAGGAUAGGGAAUAAUGUUUUGCGAUCCGUUAUCGAUGCCGAGACUGCACGUGUAAAUAAAACUGAAAAACUUUCCAAAGCUUCUAAGGAUCAACAACAAAUUAAUUCUAAAGACACUUUGAAAGUGUGUUAUCAGCAACAGACUCCAAAUUGUCGACAAGAUAAACCAGGCGAUGACUUGGAAAACAAAAAGUCAAAACAGUCCAAUUCCAUUAACAAAAGUGAAAAAGAACAAAAGGUUACUGAAAAUUAUUCAAUAAACAAAGUGAACCCAUUAUCAAUAACAACAACAACAACCACAACAGCGUCGACAAGACCUGCGGUAAUACUCUUGGAUGAAAACGUAACCGAUCAAUCCAGGAGUACAGAAUCGGAAUCGAGUGAACUCAUAUUCGGAUUCGAGAUUAAUGAACAGCUUCUUCUAUCGGAGGAGGAGGAUGAGGGUGAGGAUGAAGCUCCAACGGCCGGUGUAGAUUUAUCUCAUUAUGCCAAUUCAGGGCCACACUUUAGUCAACCGCCGCCAAUGUUCGACAAGCACGUUAGAUGUGAUAAAUUCCCGCCGAAUUUCCCUAUCAAUCCGUAUAUGUACGUGCAUCCGAUUCCCCCUCCGCAUCCAGUCUUAGCUCAGACGAUGUCAGCUUACAUGAGCUGCCAAAUGAGAUUUCAAGCUCAAUAUAUGCUACCUCAGCACCCACCGCCACCAGUCAUUGAAAAGUGUCGGAAUCAACCGAAAGAGGACUUCUCUUCACGUUACAUUGCUCCUGAUGAAAGUCACGUACAAAAAUUCAAUCACGACAAGAUUGUGUCAUUCGUUGGAUUAGCUUGGGAUGACGUGAUGCGAGAAACAGGGUCUGCAUCAUCAGGCCGUGUACAGUACUAUAGUGGACAGUGAGAUAAGCUCCACAAACAGUAGAAAAUUAAUUGAUAAAGUGCUUUUACAUGAUUUAAACAACACACACGCUACAAUUAUACAUACACACACUGGCAUAAAAUACACA